UAGGGUGCCUAGGUCUCAUCCAGACAAGGGAAGAAAAGAGAAGAGAAGGUUUUGGCUGAUUGGCUCCGGAGGCGCUGCGGAGAAAUUAUCAGAGGAAUCGAACUCCACCGAUCAAAAUCUGAUCAAUCGGACGGUCAUUAAUCAACGAACAUUCAUCGCUCUGUAGUCUUCGUUAUAUCGAGCCGUGCCUUGAGGAAGAUCGUAGUAAUCUUUGCUGAAGAUUUGAAGAUUAAUGCGAGUUGUUAAAAUCUCUGGAAGUUUAUCGUCAAAUCAUCUAAGAAACAGGUAUUAAAACACCGUAGCUUUUUUGAUUUCAACGCUUUCUUUGUGGAUUUUUUCUUCUACAGAGGGCCGGAGACUUUAUAUCGUCUCGAGAUCUUUGAUUCAUCGGCUGAAAUCUCCCGAAAUUUCUAUGAAUUAGAGAGGAAUAAGUUAGGGUUUCUGAAUAUUGUGCAAGACAACUUUCGGAUUCUUCUAAAUUUAGGAAAACUAUUUGCUUGGAAGUUGAUUUGUGGCUGCUCGGCACGUGCUUCAUCAUAGAGCUUCUGGAGGAUUUUAUCAUGCUUUUGGGAGCUAAUAGUGCUGCUAAUGGAGCUGAUGAUUUAUCUUCUAGAUUUAUUUGUAGACAUAUUGAAUGUGUUAAAUUUUAUUUACUACAUGACUGGAUCUAUUCGUUAUGGACGAAUUUAUUUGCCUCCGGGGCCUGUUCAUAUGGUUGCGUGUGAAACUCAAACUGCGUGUUUGCGAGAUUAUAUGCUUCACGCUAUGUGGCUUUUGAUGGAUAAUAGCAAGGAUAAUAAGUGGGAAGUUCACUUAGAUUCUAUUUACUUGCCUUGCAUGAUAACUGAAACAAUGGAUUCAAAAUUGUUGGAAACUGCAAGGUGGUGAUUAGACAACACGAGUGGCUUAUAAUGAACUAGUUUUCUCGCCUUUCCUACAAAUUAAUGUCAUAUAGAAACAAUUGAAUACCCCUUUUGGGUGCUAAACUCAAACUUAUGUAUCGUGAUUAUCUAUUAGCAUGUUAUAUAUUUGGUUGCAAAGAAGCACUGGUUCCUUGUUUUGGAACUAUGUCAAAAGCUACAAUCUGAAUUGAGGAAGUACUUGCAGGCCAAAUCUGGUUAAUACGACUUGCCUCAAGGUAUAUUAGGUUGGAGACGUUUUGAUCCAGCUGUAAUCGGCAGGGAGGGAUCAUUCUUGUUAAAGUCUGUCAAGAUUGGAGGAAUUAAAUUAAAAAAUAGGUCUUGCACUUGCGCUGGGGUUUCAUCAACCCUGGUGUCAAUCCGAAAAGGAGCAACGGCUUCCUGCAAGACUUGUUGUGGGGGACAAUUAGUUGAUGGCAUAGGAUCUGUAUCGACAAAAAUGAUGAGUAGUGUAGGCCUAGAACUUACAAACUAUUUAAGUCCUGACUUGACUUGGAAGACGGUAGCAAAAGGAAAUAGAAGUGCUACGAGGCGUACAAGGAAACCUUUUGUUAGAAGUUUUACAGCAGGAGUGGAGCUAGCUGACAAGAGUUCUGAAAGGUCUGAGAACGGAACAGUUUCAGAGUCUGAAAAGCUUGGUGUGGCUGUUCUUGGACGACGAUUCAGUGACAAAAUAGAGCAUGUACCUAUUAAGAAAAGAAAAUUUAAUCUACGUUCUCCAUCACCACCGCCGUGUUCCCCUUCAGGCAGUGAAGUAGUGUACGAUAUUUCAAGUCGAGGAUAUUAUCCAAGUUCAAACGGCAAGAGACAACAUAGGGUGAUUGAUGCUUCUAGAGAAUCUGGUAGUGCUGGUGUUAAAGGGGAGAUUUCUGAGGAACUGAACGUGAAGCUUGAUUAUAGAGAAGACUUCUCAGGUAUUGAAAUUCUUGCAGCUGCGGCUUGUGAUGACAGCUUUGAUGUUGAUCAAGGUAUGGAAAAUAAAAUGGUGGAAGGAUCCUUGUGUGAAGAUGAUUUAAAGGCAGUUGAGGAAACAGUUACUGAAAUGGAAACAACUAAUCUCUCCGAGAAAGAUCUGGUACUUGAAGAUAAAAAGGAAGUGUCUUCUUUUCAGGAUUCUACCACUACGUCUGCACAGAAAUCCGCUAAUGAUGAGGAUAACAAGACAGCAGAAAAGUCUGUUCCCACUCGAGAUGAUAGGUCACACUGGGAUUUAAAUGUUGUUAUUGAUGCCUGGGAGCAACCUUGUGAUAUUGAGAAUUUUGAUUCUCAACUAAACCCUGCUUUGAUUACUUCGGUGGUUGGGAGUGGAAAGCUGCACAUGUUAAAAGGUUGCGAGAUGAAGAAGGAAACUGAAGAAAUCAAACAUGGUGAGGUGGUCUCAGUAGAUUCAUCUGAAGUACAGGGGGAGACACACAUACCUUCUGAUCCUAGAGACCUGCUUCAUGAGUCAAGUGGAAUGGACUAUCAAAUGGAAACUUGCUCUGGCCUUGACUGCUGCCAUGAUGAGUGUGGUGACAGUGCUAAAGCUUACACUCAGUUUGUCAGAGUAGAUGCAUGCCUCAAAAAUGUUGCCUCCCCAAGUGAUACAGAAGGCAAUAUAGUACUGCUUGAUUGCCUCGAGGAGAAGACAGAGGGUUGUGCUUCUGGUGUCCUAGAGGAAGAAAUUGUGUGUGCAGAAAAUGUUGAAGUUGAAAAGUGUGAUGUUGCCUCUUCUUUUGAACCAGCAUUAGAGGGAGUUACUAGUGAGGUUGAGACGUCAACUCUAGAUGAAAAUGCUGAAGGUUCUGGUUGUGCAUCUAGUUGUUCUCCUCGAGAGAUGCUGAAUUGUGCUCCUCAAGAGAUGUUGAGUAUGGACAGUUGUCAAGCUAUGGCACCUGUAUACCUUGGAAUGGAGCCUGCAUGUGAAGCAGAGGAAGUAGGUUUUGACUGUCCUUUACCCAGAUGUGAUGAAGGACCUACUUCCAGUGCAGUUGUUGAAGAAGUCAUUUCUGUGGAAACUGGAGAUGGAACAGGAGUAGCUGACGAAGUUCUUCAUGGUAAUGAUGUUGAGAUCGUUUCUUCUGUGGAUAUUGGGCCUGAGAAACUAAUUCACAUGUCUUCUGAAAAUUGUACUGAUUCUACGGAAACAGGAUGUCUGUAUACGAUUCAUGAGAAAUGCAGUGGUAAUAAUCCUACUAAUAGCUCGGACAAGAUUAAUAUUGAAGGUCCUUCUGAUGAAACCUGUGAGUCAGAUUCCUAUCAAGAUGAUAAGGUUCACAUAAAUGCCAUAGGAAAAACUGGGGAACCCCAGGAAGCUGGUUAUGAUUCUCAGAUUGAGGAUGGGGAAUUGAGGGAAUCAGACGUACCUUGCUGGGAGGAUAAUGAAGGUGAGGAUGCAGAUAUUGAACAAUUAGACUAUGGGUCUGAUGGUGAUGGAGAAAAAAUAUUUAGUUUAGAAGUGGAGGAUACUGAGAAUAAAAGACCUGGUCCUAGUGUUGCAGCUGAAAAAAUUGAACAAUGUUCCCCAGGAAAUACAUUUAGAGAUCAUUUAAUAAUCUCAAAGACAAAAACUUUGGAAACCAUUGAUGGAAGCAAAAUAAAGCAUCAUACUGUUGAUUGUGAGGAUGGCCACAGUAGUAAAGACCUCACCUCUGGAGGGUUUGGACUUAGGGAAUUGAAGAGGGAUUUGCCAUCACGCAUUCAAGGAUCUCUAUCCUCUGAUGCCUCUGAUUCUGUGCAAAGAAACAGAUCUGAUGAUUUUGAUGAUGCAUGUCCUCGACCAGUGAGGGGAGCUGGUUUAAACAAAUUUGUAGGAAGGGAUAGAUAUGCUUCAGAAAUUCGCUGCAGAAGUCCAACUGGUGGCCACAUUGUUGGUAGCCGUCACUCACCUACUUACCAUGGCCCCUAUGGUUCCACACGUCCUAGAUCAAGAAAUGUUAUUGAGAGCCGUGGAUUUUUAAUAACCUCUGAUCGUGCAAUUUCAGAUGCAGAAGCUGUUGAAGGAUUUGAUAGCCGAGUUCGUAGGCAGUAUUUAAGCUCCUCUUCUAAUAGUGUCUGUCGGCCUUUUAAUCGGAAAUAUGUGCCCUACAGGGAUGAUUUUUAUGGAUGUCAUGUUGGAACAGCUCUUGCUAGAGAUGAUGUCAAUCCUGAUAGGAAUGGGUAUAGAAAGUACCCACAAGGGGUUAGUGGAGGCAUCAGGGAGGAAAUUCGGAGGCCUGUGCCUAAUUAUUCCUCUGAAUAUGCUGAUCGUAUGCCUUAUCGUAUGAGCAGAAGAGAAAGAAGUAUUUCGCCAGGUGGAGAAAGACUGCAUUAUGCCCAACCUUACAAGAUAUCUCGAUCAAGAUCCAGAAGUCGCUCACCUGGUGCAUGGUUAUUGUUAAGGGAACGGAAUGAGGGAUCAAGACGUCGCAGUAGAUCACCAAAUUAUAGAUCUGCUAGAAUGGAUAGGGUGAGGUUGCCUUUUCAAAAACGUUUUACAGCAGGGUAUGAAGAAGGUUUUGUAUCCCCUCCAAGAAAUCGCUUCUCACCACAACGUAGUUCAAGGUUUGAUGACAGGAUUUCUGGGAUAGAUAGGAAAUCACCACCUAUGAGGAUGUUCCGACAGAGCCAAAGGUUUGAUUCAUUGCGUUCAAUGAGACCCACUGCACAUCCCAGAAGAUUGGCAGAUAUGGGUAGUGGUGGUGGUAGGGAAUAUAGAUACGAAGGUGGUGCAGAUGAUAGAAGAAAACAGGGAAACAGGUACGGGAUGAUGCCUCGAGGUAGGCGUUAUGAUGCUGAUGGUGUGAUGCGGCGAUCAAGAUACAACAAUGCGGGAGACUCUUUUGUGGGUAAUGACUCGUAAUUUAUUUAAUAUUUGCAGCCCCAAUUCAUUUGACUUAGAAGCAACUCAAAGAUUCUGGGUGUUUUUUUGGUUGGCUGUUAGAAGAUAGGCUUCUCUCUUUCUGGCCCCGUCUUAUCUCCUUACUAGGCUUUUUUUUUUUUUUUAAAUGAUGGCUAGGUUAAUAUUUUUCUUUUUUUUUUUGGUUCUAUUUUGUUUUGGGUUUAUUGACUUAUUUUUCAUGGUCAUUUUCUUGUGGCCAGAUACCAUAUCUGGCCGUUGUAACCUCUCUAUACGAGGCCAUUAAGAUAUAUGAAUAUGACUAGUAAAGAAUGAUUUCGUAAA